AUGAUAUAAUAAAUUAAUUAUUACAAGAGAUUAGAAGAAUUUUUAAACUCUUCACUUUUAUCUCAUUAGAUUCUCCAUAUUGAUCUAUAGUAAAAUUAAAUUGGUGAUGAAGGUAUAUCAGGCUUAUGUUCUGCUUUAGCAAAUUGCAUUAAUCUAUCAGAUUUGACUCUUGACCUUGGUGGUAAUUUAAUUGGUGAUAAAGGUGCAUCAGGCUUAGGUUCUGGUUUAGCAAAUUGCAUUAAUCUCUCAAAUUUGGCUCUUAACCUUUAUAGCAAUUAAAUUGGUGAUGAAGGUGCAUCAGGUUUAGGUUCUGGUUUAGCAAAUUGCAAAAAUCUCUCUAAUUUGACACUCUACCUUGAUCGCAAUUAAAUUGGUGCAAUUGGUGCAUCAGACUUAGGUUCUUCUUUAGCAAAUUGCGUUAAUCUCUCAGAUUUGACUCUUGGCUUAAUUCGCAAUUAAAUUGGUGUAAUGGGUGCAUCAAGUUUAGGUUCUGCUUUAGCAAAUUGCACUAAUCUCUAAAAUUUGUUUCUUGGCUUUGCUGAUAAUUAAAUUCGUGGUGAAGGUGCUAUAGGCUUAUGUUCUGCUUUAGCAAAUUGCAUUAAUCUCUCAAAUUUAACUCUUGGGCUUGCCUACUGCUAAAUAGGAGAUCAUGGUGUUUAAUAAAUAAGUUCUGCUUUAAAAUAAUGUAUUGAACUCUCAACUUUUAGAAUAGAUCUUGGGUAUAAUUAAAUAAGUAAUGAGGGUGUAUCAUCUUUAAUUUCUGCUCUGACUGACUGCCCUAAUCUCUCAGUUUUGUAACUUGAUCUUUACUAAAAUAAUAUUAGUGAACUAGGUGCAUAAAGUCUAAGCUGUGGUUUGAAAAAAUUAGCUAAAAUUUCAAUAUUAAUUAUCAAUCUUGGAUUGAAUUAAAUUGGUUCAUAGGGUACAUUAAACUUAGGCUCUGCUUUUUUGAACUGCAAUAGUCUCUAAAGUUUAACUCUCAAACUCAACGAUAAUUAAAUUGGAUCAUAAGGUCUAUAAGGUUUAAUCUCUAAUUUAACAAGUUGCAGUAAUCUUUCAAAUUUGACACUAAUUCUUUUUGAAAAUUAAAUCGAUGAUUCAAGCGUUUCUUGUUUAGUUUCUAUUGGUGAAAAUUGCUCUAAAUUAUAAAGUUUAAAACUAAAUCUUGAAUGCAACCAAAUAGGUUCUAUAGGAGUAUCACAUAUAGGUUCUGCUUUGGCUAGUUAUACUCAUAUCAAAACUCUGGAUCUCUAUCUAUCCUAAAACAAAUUAGGGUCAUAAGGUGCAUCAUGCUUGGGCUCUUCUUUGAAAAGCUGCUAUAACAUAUCAAAAUUGAAUCUUUCUCUAGGUGAUAAUUAAAUUGGGGUAUAAGGAAUAUUAGAUUUAGCUACAUCUUUGGCAAUCUGCAAUAAUCUCUAAAAUCUAACAAUCGAUCUCUACAAUAAUGGGAUUGAUGAUGAAGGAGCUAGCGAUUUGAUUUCUGCUUUAUCAGACUGCACUAAUCUCACUAUUUUAGAGCUUUUGCUUCAUUACAAUUUGUUAAGUGAAAUUGGUAAAACGAAACUGAUCUUUCAGAUCCUGAAAUUUAAGAGAUUAGUUUUCAAAUAAAUCUGCUUGUGA